AUGUGCUUUUACAACCAGAAGAGAUUCGCGUGUGGAGACUGGAGUUGGACGAGUUUUGCCCACCGGUGUAAUUACGAGUAUCGCACGGGUGAGACAUGCGGUAUGAGGCUCGUAAACACAACUGAAUUCGAGACAACCCAAUGUCGCCUCUGUGAGAAGAUUGAUACCAAGUUCCGUCGCCGAAGCGCUGAGAUGGAGCGUUUGACUCGAUGGAAACGUGAAGGAGGCACCCUCGUGGCCUCAAUGGACAGAUCCCAGAAACUCAUAACGGAGCUUGAAAAAGAAAUUCGCCAGCUGCAACGAGAGCGGGAUGACAAAAGGAAGGCACUAUCAUGA